AAAAAUCUUCUAAACUCUCAGUGGCAGUCAGUGACAGUCCGUGUGAUUCUGAGCAAAGACUGUUGUGGUCUUCAAUGCCAUGCGCCAGCCCGUCAACUUUUUGUCCCUUUGUAUAUCCACGGGCUCCCCGAAAGCAAAUUUCAUAGACAUGUUUCUUUCAAUGGAAGAAGUCUUGCGGACGAGACAAAAGCGAUCGGACCCAACACUUCUUUAUGGUGGUAUCUUUGCAGGCCCGUCAUUGAUCCAAAGAUUAGGUGGAUCAUGGUUAUAAAUGCAUCUAAAACUUGUUCCUCUUCGUGUUUGAUCUCUCCGCGCUACACGAAAAGAAUCGCCAUCUCCAUACAUGGUCGGUUGAGUGAUUGGAUACCUUUUCGCAAAACCUGGCUUUGAUUCCGGAUCGUUUUUGUGAUGCAUGGGCCGUGUCUUGUUUUGGCAGGAGGAGCACGCUGUCGAGUUACACAAAUCCAGUAUGAAUCUCGAGGCAGGAGCCGAGGGAGACCAGCGAGCCGAGGAUCCCGAGUGGAGCACGACUUGGCGAGGCCGCCGAAUCGUGAAAGGAGGCUGGAAGACGAGCCCUUUCAUCUUUGGGAACGAGGCGACUGAGAAGCUGGGAGCCAUUGGACUGCAAGUGAAUCUGGUGACAUACCUCGUCCAGCAGCUCCAUUUCAAGCCGGCCGAUGCGUCCAACACCCUCACCACUUUCGGCGGGACCGCAGCCUUCACACCCUUUGUCGGUGCCAUCAUCGCUGAUGCGUAUGUUGGUCGCUACUGGGUGGUGCUCUUGGGCUCUAUCCUCUUCACACUGGGAUCCUUCGUUCUUACGAUCCAAGCCCUGGUUCCCAGCCUGAGACCCGACCAAUGCGCGGCGAAAUCAUCGCUGUGCGAGCGCUCGACAGUGGGUCAGCUGGGAUUCCUGUACCUCUCCUUCGUUUUGCAGGCCGCGGGCUCGGGCGGGAUCCGGCCAUGCGUCGCUGCAUUUGGGGCGGACCAAUUCAACGAGGAGGAUCCCAAGCAGCGCACCCAGAUCCUCCACUUCUUCAACUGGUACUACUUCACACUCCAGCUCGCCACGCUCAUCACCUCCACCGUGUUCGUGUGGAUCCAAGACAACGUCGGCUGGGCCGUCGGAUUCGGCCUCCCCGCCGUGCUCAUGGCGCUGUCCGUCAUCACUGCGAUCGUAACAGACGAUGACCAGCGGCGCAGCGGCGGCGAUGUGGACCCCUGGAAGGUGAGCAGCGUCCACAGCGUGGAGGAGCUCAAGCUGCUGCUCCGGCUGCUACCCAUCCUAUGCACGGGCGUGCUCGUCUUCACGGCGUGGGCGCAGCAGGGCACCUUCUGGGUCCAGCAGGGCCGGACAAUGGACCGCCGCCUCGUCGCCUCCAGCUCCUUCGAGAUCCCGCCCGGAUCGAUGACGGCAUUCACCACUCUCGCGCUGCUCGUCCUCAUCCCGGUCUACGACAAGCUGGGGAUCCCAGUACUGCGCCGGAUCACGGGCCACCCCCGCGGCCUCACCUCCCUCCAGAGGAUGGCCAUCGGCCUCGUCGUCUCCAUCCUCGUCAUGGUGGCCGCCGCCGCCACCGAGGUGAAGCGGCGCAGCGCCGCCGCCGCCGCGGGGCUGCUCGACUCCCCCGACCGGACCAUCCCCAUCUCGAUCUUCUGGCUGCUCCCGCAGUACGUGCUCAUUGGGGUGACGGAGCUCUUCCUCUCCAUCGGCCAGAUCGAGUUCUUCUACGAUCAGUCGCCCGAGAGCAUGCGAAGCAUGGCCACGGCGGUGUUUUGGAUGGUGAUUGGCGGUGGUAACUAUUGUAGCACCGCGAUGGUGAGCGCCGUGCACGCCAGGACCAACUGGGUGCCCGAUAACAUCAACCGCGGACGGCUGGAUUUGUUCUACUGGAUGCUGGCGGGGAUCCUGACCGUCAAUCUCGGCGUCUACUUGGUGGUGGCAAGGUGGUAUAGGUACAAGCGCUGGAACGACGUGCCCGAGGAAAAUGGGAAGGUUUUGAAAAAGGUGGAGCAAACUUGAAAUGUAUAGUCAUCUAUUAAAGAUCAAUGUAAUCACACGACUGUAUGAUAUAUUUCUCUCUAUCUAAAUCAUCGCAAUGGGAACUU